AUGGCCAUCUCCACAGAUCGUCAGGAACCCCUGCAAGUCAUUGGAGGCUCCAUUGCCGGGCUGAUGCAGGGUAUUAUGCUGAAGCGCCUUGGCCACCACGUCCAAAUCUUCGAGAGAGCAACAUCAAAUGACCGCGCGGAAGGUGGUACCGGUAUCACUGUAGGCCCGGAUGCCCAGCGCUUCUACCAUCAAUACGAUCUCCUGAAGCAGUCGCUCUACGUUGAUAAUCCUGGUAUCCAGUUUAUGAAUGGCCAAGGCAAUGUCACGCGCUUCACUAAACGACCCAUGAAGAUGUCCUCCUGGAGUCUCCUGCACUUCAAUCUCAGGGCCAACUUCGACGGGCACAAGAGUAGUCUGUGUCCGGAUCCGCCGGCGCCAUGUGAGGGUGACGGUGAGGCAAUCUUUCACCUUGGGAAGAAGGUAAUCGGCGUGGAAUACGCCGAGGGUGACUCACGGGUUGCGGUGCGAUAUCAGGAUCUCUUGCAGGGCGAAAUCUGCACGGUCGACGGUGAUCUUGUAAUUGUUGCCGACGGCGCAAGCUCUUCCACCCGCACCCAGCUCCUUCCGGAGGUGAAACGCCAGUAUGCGGGAUAUCUGGCCUGGCGCGGCUAUGUCGAGGAAAGCCGUGUGUCGCAGGAGACAAGGAAGCUACUAGACCCUAACUUCACAUCGUUUUCAUUCACAGGAGGUUAUAUCCUAAGCUAUAUCAUACCCAGCAUCGACGGCAGCCUGGAGCCGGGAAAGCGCCGCAUCAAUUGGGUGUGGUACCAUGACUGCCCCGAGACGUCGCCGUCAUUCAAAGAGAGCCUGACCGACGCAGGGGGGCAUGUUUAUCGCAACUAUGUCCCUGUGGGACAGAUCCGCGCUUCUGUCUGGAAGGAGCGGGUUGAGAUGGCCUCCAAGAUCUUGAACCCACCUUUCGUGGAGUUGGUGAUGAAGACCGCUGCCUCGGCUGCAGCUAUCUCGGUCAUUCACGAUUAUGCUUCCCCGAAAGCGCUCUUUCAUAACGACAAGGUCUUGCUCGUCGGAGAUGCCCUUGCGCUGUUUAGACCACACGCAGCGCUGAGCUUCAACCAGGCAGCGCAAAACUGCCUGCUGAUGGAGGAUGUCAUGAGAAAGAAGAUCGAUCUGCACACGUGGGAGAAAGGCGUCACGGCGUAUGGAAAUCGGGGCCUGGCUAUCAAUGAGAUGCUCGGCGGGUUUAUGAUCUAUGGGACUCAAAAGCUAUCCUAA